UUGUCAAACAUUCAGUCGUUUUGUAGAAGGGAAACCGUCCACUUGCCACUCACUGCUCGUCCUCAUAACUUGUAAAAAAAGCAGUAAAUAUCUAAAUAAAUUGUGAAUUUUUUUUACUAUCGCGUCCCCAGCAGCAGACUUUGAAGGAAUAUAAAUAUUCGUGGCACAUAUUUUCAGUAAGUAAGUAUCAGCCCCAAAAGAAAAGUGUCCCAUAAUAAUUUUUCGUCGUCGUCCCUUUUUUUGGUAGCCAUCGAAGGCAGUACUGCACGGAGAGAUUAGUGAAGAAAGACCAGACCAAACCACCACCAACUUUUUUUGGAGGGUGGGUUUUUGCCGGACUGAAGAAGGGUCUCUGGUAGGGUGUAUUUUGUAAAGUCUUUCUUAAAGAGAGGAUAGUGGUCGUGGUCGUGGUUGUGUCGUGCAUCUCGGGAUCAGAAAAAGAAGAAGAAGACCAUCAUAUACCAGGACUUUUGAAGUGGUGGUGGUGGUGCAUUAUUGUGUUCUUCUUGUUAAAGAUUCCUUGUUUGUUGGACGAACGAACGACGGUUAACAAGCUCCGCGUUCAUCAGUCGAGUGUUGCAGGUGCAAGGACGAAGACGUACGAGUUUCAGUGGUGGAUUGGAUUUUUGUCUCAUUUUUUAACUGAAAACUAGUGGUUUUAAAAGUUAGGCUUGUUACUUACACGACAUAUUUUUUGUUUAAGAGGAAAACAAUCUGCAAGAUUUUGAAAUUAUCUAUUUAUUUUUUUCCACGCUGCGAAAAAAGAGCCACGCUGUGAAGAGAACUGUACUUACACGAAGACAAGACAACCUGUUGCUAGAUAUCAUUGAGGUAGACAAUCAUCCAAACGAUUUUUAGAGCAUAAAAGUCUUUCUGCCGUGUAGUGAGUGACCACGAAGAAAGACGACAAGAUCUGCAUAAUCGUGAUUAUCUCUUGUUCUUUUGGUGUCAUCAUUCUCAUCUCAUCCGAACGAAAAGGAAGGAACAUUUUUGUUGUGAAAAGUUCAAGAUUUUACACUUGACUGCUAAAAAUAGAUGGUUUUGCUCUGAAAUAAAACCGAAAGUAUUUUCACACAUGUAGAAGACGCAUAAAUACAUUGGCUGGCACGAUCCUGACCUGAGCAACCUCAACCUCAAAAAAUCUGUACGGAAAAAAAAUCUAAUCUCAACGGUAGCUUGAUUUUAUUUCUACUUGGACACCAUUUUACUACUGGAGGGCUUGUGUUGACUCACGAAGUCGAAACAAUUUGGUGCGUGUGUGUGUGACUCAGAGAAAGAAGAAAAAUGACGCUCAAGAGGACGAUAUGCAUUUCAAUCGCCAUCAUUCUUGGCAUCCUGUUCCUAGUUCUGGGAGUUCUGAUUGUGCUCUUCUUCAGAGCUUUGGUCGACGCUUUUAUCGCCGGGGAACUCCCACUUCGCCAAGGGUCGCAGACGUUCGAACUGUGGAGUAAACCUCCCGUGCAGCCGAUGCUAAAAGUCUACUUUUUUAAUGUGACCAAUCAUAAAGACUUUUUAGAGAAUGGGGCGAAACUUCACGUGAAGGAAAUUGGACCUUACGUGUACAGCGAGAAAUGGGAGAAAGUUGAUCCCGUCUGGCAUCCAAAUGGGACACUUUCGUACCGGACAGUCAAAAACUUUACGUUCGAGCCAGAGUUGUCGUUUGGGUCGGAAGCAGAUUCAGUCCUGCUGCCAAAUCUGCCCAUGCUGGCUGCCGUUUCUCAAAUGGGACAUUCCACAAAGAUCGUGAAGAAGGCGGUGUCGACGAUUUUGGAUGUGUUGAAAAUGGAGCCGUUUUCCGUGCACACGGUGAAAGAAUUGCUUUGGGGGUAUGACGACCCUCUCCUCAAGUUGGCGAAGGGAGUUCUGCCCGCAGAUAAGCGAUUCCCAUACGACCAGUUCGGCUUCUUUGUGGGGAAGAAUAAUACGCCGAGUGAGGUGUACACGGUUCUCACGGGGAGAGAAGAAUUGGUGGACUUUGCCAAGAUUAAGAUUUACGGGGGCAAGGACAACUUGGGGGUUUGGGGGACGCCAGACUGUAACGCGAUCAAAGGUUCGGAUGGGACCGGAUUUCCUGCCAUGCUCACGGAAAACUCGACGGUUUUCAUUUAUCAGCCCGAUUUCUGCCGUUCUCUCGAACUUCGUGUGAAGAAUAGGCAGCCACAGAAGCAUGAAGGGUUUGAGACGUUGAGAUUCCAACCUGCCGAUCACGUUUUUGGAAGUGUGGAAGACUAUCCGGAAAAUAAAUGUUACUGUGAAAACGCUAAAUGUGCACCACGUGGAGUUUUCAACGUAUCUCAUUGUCAAUUCAAUUCUCCCGUCUUCCUUUCGUGGCCACAUUUCCUGAACGCAGAUCCAAAACUGUCCGAGAAUAUCGUCGGUCUUAACCCUAAACCAGAACUGCACACUUUCUACGUUGACAUUCAACCGAAAUUGGGCCUCGCAAUGCAAGCCAAGGGUCGUGUCCAGAUCAACAUUCAAAUGUCCAAGGUUGACGAAAUUCCACAAACUGCAAACUUGACGGACUUGCUCAUUCCUAUCGUUUGGUUUGAAGACGGUAUCGAACAACUUCCUCCCGUCGUGUUGGGUCUCCUCCGACAAGCCAUCAGCAUGCCAGAAGUGGCGGAAGCUGCCCUCUCCUACAUUCUUUUCGUCAUCGGAGGGCUCCUCAUCGUCGGAGGUAUCAUGUACUUUAUCAAGUACUCGUACGGCAGGACGAACAAGCUCGCCUCCUCGACAAACCACCCCCCUCAUUCCAAGGUCGACACAUUCCCCGUAAAGGGAGAGAAGGACAAUGAGAAGAACGGUGUGAACGGGAAGCACCAGUACAGCAACUCAGUCGAGAUGGAGGACAAGGUGAUCAUCACGAGUAAGGACGAGAAGCCAAAAAAUGGACUGAAUAAGGAAGUCGAAUCAGCUAUGACUUAAAGAGUCACUCACUUAUUACAUACUUUUUUUGUUGAAAUGUUACCAUUUUUGUUCUUCCUAUCCUCAUAGUUUUUAAGAUUAUAUCUUUUUUUUAAAUACAAUUCGAAUUCCGUCCUCGUGUGGCUACUAUGCAUUUAAAAGUUAAGCCAGACCUUCGCAAUUAUAAAAGUUCUUACAUCCCUAAAUCCUAAUCGUACUGGUAUUUUUUUCUUUUUCGGGUAAACUAUUAUAAUAUUAGUGAUUUUAAAAAAAAGUGUGUAACGUAAUGUCAGUGCGCCAACCAGUGCCAUAUUUAUGAGAAACCGACAUGACUUAAAUCUUUAUCAUUAUAAGGUAAAUAUCAAUUAAGAAGAAGACGUUUUUUAUUAUGUUAAAACUUUUGCAUAAAAAAUGUGAUAGUGAACAAGCGACUGUUCCAAUUUUUUUUGUAAAGUCCAAGAAGUUUCAACAAAGACUAAUUAAUUCAAUCAUGUAUUAGUAUUAUAAUUAAUUGUAAUUAUAUUUCGCAUCCUUUUUUGCUCAAAAACUGAUCUAUUUGUUUUUAUGUAAAUUUUAAACGUAUUUUUCUCACGAUUUUACAAAAUUUUAUGGGAUAAUUUUUUUACCAGAUUGAAAAAUCUCCUUGUUGCUACAAAUACUAAAUAUGGACGUUUUCAGCGAGUGAGGCACGUUCUUCGCUGCGUAGGAUUUGUGUAUAUUCGCAAUUUUUUUAGUCUAUUAAUGUAUUUAGCACUUCUUGAUGAGAUGAAAAUGCUGCUGUUGAAUCGUUCAGUGAAAACAGCCGAGUCAUUAUAUUCAUUAAAUGUUAAUUCUUUAAAGUUUGCUGAUAUUUUCAUUUCGUACACGAUUCGGAGAAAACUCUCAUCAUCAGUGUAACAAAAUAAACUUGUUCCUCCGCCAUGCAAUUUUUUUUCAACUACUUACUUAGCAAACUUUCUUAUAUGAAAUUUUUUGUUCCUGAUGUUUUUUUUCAAUUAUUAUUAUUUUUACGAAAAAGUGACAAAACAGAGAAUCAAAUCUAUGCCAUACAUACCCUCUGCUGAAUAUUGUAAACUUUUAAUUCCUCUGUAAAAUGCAGAUAUAAAUAUAUUUAAGGUUUGGUUAAUUCAUGAUAAAUAAGAUGUAAAUAUAUUUAGUCGAUGGCUGAUGAUGAUGAUAGUUGGUUAAAUCUAAAUUAAUUGUAUGAGUAGGAGUGAGUGUGUAGCACCGAGAAGAACAAGACCUACAUAUUUUUGGGAAGGAAGAAGGUGUCAAGAAGUUAAAUUUAUACGUUGCGUAUAAGAUUUUUAUCCAUGAAAAAAGUUCUAUCUGUAUUAUUGUUCCAUUAUGUUUAAUAAUAAAUAAAGUACAAUGUUUUGUUGACAAGAAGA